ACUUGUGCAAUUGGCCCCGCAACAAGACACAUUCCUCACUGCUUGACCUGCGCCGCGACAGCUUCUCCCCUCUUCCCUCCCACCAUUUCCCACUCCGACCUCACUAUCGCCGCCACAGCCCAAGAUGUUCUCGCAGAUUGCGCUCACGACGGCGCGUCAGCUGCGCGCUGGCACCACGCUGGUCGUUCGUACUGCCGUGGCUGCGUCUACCAGCUCGACCACCCGCUCCGCUGCUCCCAGCUUCCUUCGCCGCAGCAGCGUUGUCUUUCAGCAGCGCGGUUACGCCCUAACUCGCUCCAAGAAAACCGCCGCCGAAUCGGACGAUACUGCUGCUACGGUCACCAAGACCAACAAGACUCGUCCCGCCGCCGCAAAGUCCAAGAAGUCGGCCGCUGAGGGCGCUACAGGAGCCGGCGCAAGGGCAAAGACGCCCAGAGCCAAGAAGGAGGCUGCGCCCAAGAAGCCCAAGAAGCCCAAGGCGCCCAAGAAGAAGGCACCGCUGACGGACGAGCAGAAGAAGAAGCUCAGGAUCAGACUGUUGAAGCAGCGGGCGCUGUUCAAAGAAGAUCCCAAAACCCACCGAGUUCCUGCUUGGUCCGCGUACAUAAGUGAGCACAUGAAGGACGUCUUGAAAGAAGGCGAUGAUAUCGCGACGCGGAGAGGGUACUUUAAAACGUUGGCUGCACAGUGGAAGGAGCUGUCGGACGCUGAGAAAGCCCGCUACCAAGCUAAGGCCGACAAGGCUCACCAGGAUGGCGUGGCUACGCGGGCAGCGUGGGUGCUCACCAAGACACCCAUGGAGAUCGAGGACGCCAAUUAUGCCCGUCAUGCGCUGAAGCGCCUCGGUGUCACUUCGGUCGUCCAUCCUAUCCCCGAUGACCGGCGCCCAAAGCGCCUAAGGAGUGCCUUUUUGUUCUUUUGCAUGUCACGCCAAAAGGACGACAUGUAUGCUGGUAAGCCCCUACCGGAAAUAGCGAAGGCUUUGGCCGAGGAGUGGAAGUCCAUGGACGAUGCGGCAAAACAGCCUUACGUCGACAACGCUGCAGUCGAUAAGGAGAGAUACCUCAGUGAGAGGGCUGCUGCCGCCGCCGCUCAUGCUACCGCUUGAGCGUGGUUAUCACGCCCCUCGACGCCUCUUUUCCGAUUCGGUUCAUGUGAAUUUAUAUGGGCUCCGAGUGACCUCCAUGAGCUUCAUUCGUCACACAAUUAGCCGGGUUCGUUGCCGAUGGUCCGUCGCACUCUGUUGCUCGAGUGGCACCGAAAUGUAUUUGUAAGGUUGUUGGGGAAGCGAGGCGAAUUAUCGGAUAAUCUUUAUGGAUCAAUAAAGGAACGAAUGUGGGUGUUCAACUAGGAACCCGAAUAAGGACGGGACCAGAAGUACACUGCAUCGCAAAACCUCAAGUUCAUGUACACGAAGAGUAGUCAUGGGCCAAAUUCAAGUUUGGUUGCUUCCCAA